CAGUGGGUGUCAUAACUGUCCCCAGUAGUUUCGUCUGCUUAUGACAAGAAGGGAGGUGCUACUGAAGCUGCUUAAGGCAUGUGAUGAUGGAAAAUCAUUGACCCUAUUGCAUUCUCAAAUUCUAAAAGCCGGUUUUAUUCACGACAGUUUCCUUGCAUCAAGACUCUGCGUUUUGUACGCUGAAUACUCGUUUCUCAACCAUGCACGUAAACUAUUCGAUGAAACGCCGCAGAGAAGCACUUUCAUGUGGAAUGCUAUGCUGAGUGGCUACAGCAGGGAGAGAAAAUGGAAGGAGACUCUGAUUCUGUUCAAAGAAAUGGUCCGUCAUGGAAAUUCUGAUGAGAAGAAACCUGAUGGAUUCACUUUGCCUAUUGCUUUGAAAGCCUGUACUAUGCUACGGGCGUUUGAACAUGGCGAAAUGGUUCAUGGGUUUGCGUGGAAGAAUGGGAAAGUUGGAUUGGAUUUGUUCGUGGGUUCUGCUCUGAUUGAAUUGUAUUCAAAGUGGGGAAAAAUGGGUGACGCUUUGAAAAUUUUUGAGGAGUUUGAGAGUCCUGAUGUUGUGCUGUGGACUUCAAUGGUUACUGGGUAUGAGCAGAACGGUUUUCCCAAUGAAGCAGUGUUGAUUUUCUCGAGAAUGGUGGGGGUUGAGAACGUUAGAGUUGACCCAGUAAUGCUUGUAAGCUUAGUUUCUGCUUGUACUCAAUUGACGAGUUUUAAGCUUGGGAGUUGUGUCCAUGGUUUUGGGAUAAGGAGGGGAUUUGACAGAAACUUAUCUUUAGCUAAUUCAUUGUUGAAUUUAUAUGCAAAGGCUGGUUCGAAGAGAAUAGCGAGUAAUCUAUUCAGAAAGAUGACCGAGAAGGAUGUUAUAUCUUGGAGCUCAAUGAUUGCUUGCUAUGCUCAAAGUGGAGACGCUGUUGAAGCUUUAGGACUUUUUGAGGAAAUGGUGGAUAAGGCAAUUGAGCCAAAUGCAAUUACUGUUGUUAGCAUAUUGCAAGCUUGUGGUAUUGGUUGUGAUUUAGAAAAGGGUAGGAAAAUUCAUAAACUGGCUGUUGAGAAAGGGUUUGAUGUAGAAGUUUCAGUCUCCACAGCUCUAAUUAACAUGUACAUGAACUGCUCAUCACCUGAUGAAGCACUUAAUGUCUUCACAAUAAUGCCAAAGAAAGAUGUGAUCUCUUGGGCUGCUUUAAUAAAUGGGUAUGCACAAAAUGGGAUGGCAUAUAAGUCAAUGGGGAUCUUUUGUGACAUGCUAUCAAACAGAAUUCGACCUGAUGCUGUUGCCAUGGUGAAUAUUCUCGUUUCUUGUUCAUUUCUAGGUAUUCUUCGGCAAGCUAGUUGUCUUCAUGGUUAUGUAAUUAGGGGUGGAUUUGGCAAUAACCCCUACAUUGGUGCAUGUCUCAUAGAACUGUACUCAAAAUGUGGGACUUUAGACAAUGCUAUCAAAGUAUUCCAAGGGACUACUGUUAAAGAUGUUGUCAUCUGGAGUUCUAUGAUUGCUGCCCAUGGAGUUCAUGGGCAAGCAGGGGAAGCAUUAAGAAUAUUUGAUCAAAUGAUCAAAAGUUCUGCAACUAGGCCUAACCAUGUCACUUUCCUUUCAAUUUUAUCUGCUUGUAGCUAUGCAGGUUUGGUCGAGGAGGGGGUUAAAAUAUUUGAUAUGAUGGGGAAUGUCCUUAAACUAGAUCCUGGUUUGGAGCAUUAUGGGAUACUGGUUGAUCUUCUUGGCCGCAAGGGGGAGUUAGAGAAAGCCAUGGAAAUCAUUAAUCAAAUGCCAAUUACAGCUGGUGCCCAUGUUUGGGGUGCCCUUCUGGGUGCAUGUAGGAUUCAUCAUAAUGUUGAAAUGGGAGAGAGAGCGGCCAAGAAGCUGUUUGAUUUAGAUCCUAAUCAUGCAGGUUAUUACAUCUUGUUGUCAAACAUCUAUGGCUUCAAUGAGAAAUGGGAUAACAUGUCAAAAAUUAGAAGUUUAGUCAGGGAAAAGGGUAUGAAGAUGAUGUUGGGACAGAGUGCAAUUGAGAUUUGUAGCUAGAUCCAUAGUUUUGCUGCUGCUGAUUGGUUCAAGUUCAACCAUAUUCGGAGCUAGAUCCAUAUGUUGUUCAAAUGGUAUGAUAUUCUCGAAUGAAGUUGUGACUCGAAUUCGAGUCUUAUCUUCACCUGUUAUAAGAAGAAGUUCAACCCACAUUGUGAGAAAAUUGGUGGACUUUUGAGACUGUUGCAGGUGAAAAUGAAAGAAGAAACUCUCCCCAAGGCAACUCCUAUACCUGCUGAUCUCCAAUUGAAUGGAAUAUCUAUCUAUACUUGGGCAACAUGAAGCCAGCGCGCAAGACAAGCAUGUGGUAUGUGGCAGUUGUAUAUGCACUUGACAUUGCUAAUGCAACAAAAUGCUCACAGUCAUGGAAUUAUCCACCAUAACCCAUAACCUGGGGGCCAACUGGGGGCAUCUUGCAAGGAAGAUGAAACAGUGGAGGAACAGAAGCUUCCAAAUGGAGAUGAUGUAAAGAAGCAGGAGAAGCUUGAAGAAAUCAACUUCGAGGAGAACAAGGAUGACUCAGGAAGCUGUUGCCCGGGAGUGAAUGGGUUUUCAUGUUGCAGGGUUGAUAGCCCAGCAGCUAGUGAGAAGAAGGAAAAGGGGCUGUGCAGAUUGUCAAGUUAGAUUGGCUUAUUGGAGCAAAGUGAUAUCCUUGCAGCUGCUGCUGUUGUUGGAGCCGUGGCAACCGUUACCUUGGCUUAUAGCUUAUAUAGAAGGUCAGGCUGAAACAUGUCCCAUUAUCCUAAUUGUUGGGGUGUGCGUAUACCUCCUCUUUUUUUUUGUAGGCAGAUGUAAUACUAUCAUCAAAUAAUCCUCCAGACUACUUGCAAUGUUAGGAGAAGGAGAACGAAUUGUAUGUAUCUUGAUAUGUUAAAAAAAGUAACUAAAUACUUUGAGCAUGCUUUAGAAUGCA